AUGUCGUUUGAUAUCGAUGUCGGCGGUCUGUCAAGAAUGAAAGUGUCAAAGACCUUUUUCUACACCGGUCAGCGCACAUCUUUGGUGAGUCGAGCGCAUGAGGGGGCUAUAGACUGUUGCAAAAAGCCAGAUACAUGCCGCGCUUGUCCGGGUUGCCGAAAAGCCGGCUGACGCGUUGACUGGCCCCCUGACCGCUGAAGCAGAGACAUGCAGCACUUGUCCCCGUUUGGCAGGUCGAAAGCCGUCAACAUCCCCUUGAGACCACCAAGAUAAAGGCUGAGCUGCCAUGCAAUGGUGCACCUGAAGGCAUCGGUCUCAACGACCAGCGCCGGGCGUGA